AUGAAUUGUGAAAUUCAAGGAAAGGCAAGACAAGAAAUUGAAGGUGUCUUAAAUAGGCAUAACGGGGAGGUUUCAUAUGAAGCUAUGAUGGGCAUGCGGUAUCUCGAUUGCAUCAUUUUUGAGACUUUACGGAAAUAUUCUAUGCGAAUGGCAAACAAAGAUUAUUGUGUACCCAAUUCUGACAAGAAAAUCCCGAAAGGAAUGAGAACUUUAAUUCCUGUUUACUCAAUUCAUCAUGAUCCUGAUAUUUAUCCAAAUCCUGAAAUAUUAGAUCCGAAUCGCUUUACCUCUGAGAAGAAAAGGAAGCGCCAUUCAAUGUAA